AUGGCCGCGGACCACACCCCCAAGUUCGCCGCCGCCAAGUGCGAAGGGCCGAAGGGCCGCGCCCCCCGGAAGCGGGUGGCUCCUCCCGGCGACGGCUCCUCCCCACGGCGGGCCCAAGGGCCCGAACCCGAACAGGAUUGGGAGCUCCAGUCUAUGGACCUUAAGUUGCUUGAGGACUGGCUGAUCAUGUUUCAGGCAUAUGGAGAUAAACAGGGACCACUGCAUGGAAUGUUAAUCAAUACUCCAUAUGUGACCAAAGACCUGCUUCAGUCAAAGAGGUUCCAAGCACAAUCUUUAGGGACAACAUACAUAUAUGAUAUCCCUGAGAUGUUUCGGCAGUCCCUGAUCAAACUCUGGGAGUCUAUGUCCACUCAGGCAUUCCUUCCAUCACCCCCUCUGCCUUCUGACAUACUGACAUAUACCGAACUGGUGUUGGAUGAUCAAGGUCAGCUGGUCCAGAUGAACAGGCUUCCAGGAGGAAAUGAGAUUGGCAUGGUAGCUUGGAAAAUGACCCUUAAAAGUCCCGAAUAUCCAGAAGGCCGAGAUAUCAUUGUUAUUGGCAAUGAUAUCACAUACCGAAUUGGGUCCUUUGGGCCCCAGGAGGAUUUAUUGUUUCUCAGAGCUUCUGAACUUGCCAGGGCAGAGGGUAUCCCACGCAUCUUUGUAGCAGCCAACAGUGGAGCAAGAAUUGGACUGGCAGAAGAAAUUCGUCAUAUGUUUCAUGUGGCCUGGGUGGAUCCUGAGGAUCCUUACAAGGGUUACAAGUAUUUAUAUCUGACCCCUCAAGAUUAUAAGAGAGUCAGUGCUCUCAACUCUGUCCAUUGUGAACACGUGGAGGAUGAGGGAGAAUCCAGGUACAAGAUAACAGAUAUUAUUGGGAAAGAAGAGGGACUUGGAACAGAGAACCUUCGAGGUUCUGGAAUGAUUGCUGGAGAAUCCUCUUUGGCCUAUGAUGAGAUCAUCACUAUCAGCCUGGUGACAUGCCGGGCCAUUGGGAUUGGGGCUUACGUUGUUCGUCUGGGACAGAGAACCAUCCAGGUUGAGAAUUCUCACUUAAUUCUGACAGGAGCUGGGGCCCUCAACAAAGUCCUCGGGAGGGAAGUGUACACCUCCAAUAAUCAGCUUGGGGGCAUCCAGAUCAUGCAUAACAAUGGAGUGACCCACAGCACCGUUUGUGAUGACUUUGAAGGGGUUUUCACCAUCCUGCACUGGCUGUCUUACAUGCCUAAGAGCAUGCACAAUUCAGUUCCUCUCCUGAACUCCAAGGAUCCUAUAGAUAGGAUCAUCGAGUUUGUUCCCACAAAGACCCCAUAUGAUCCUCGAUGGAUGCUAGCAGGCCGUCCUCAUCCAACCCAAAAAGGUCAGUGGUUGAGUGGAUUUUUUGACUAUGGAUCUUUCUCAGAGAUUAUGCAGCCCUGGGCACAGACUGUGGUGGUUGGUAGAGCCAGGCUAGGAGGAAUACCUGUGGGAGUAGUUGCCGUAGAAACCCGAACAGUAGAACUAAGUAUCCCAGCUGAUCCUGCAAACCUGGAUUCUGAAGCCAAGUGUUGCGCCCGCCAGGUGUGGUUCCCAGACUCUGCGUUUAAGACCUAUCAGGCUAUCAAGGACUUCAACCGGGAAAGGCUGCCUCUGAUGGUCUUUGCCAACUGGAGGGGCUUCUCUGGUGGGAUGAAAGAUAUGUAUGACCAAGUGCUGAAGUUCGGUGCUUACAUUGUGGAUGGCUUACGGGAGUGCUCCCAGCCUGUGAUGGUGUACAUUCCUCCCCAGGCUGAGCUGCGAGGUGGCUCCUGGGUCGUGAUUGACCCCACCAUCAACCCCCGGCACAUGGAAAUGUAUGCUGACCGAGAAAGCAGGGGAUCGGUUCUGGAGCCAGAAGGGACAGUAGAAAUCAAAUUCCGCAAAAAAGAUCUGGUGAAAACCAUGCGUAGGGUGGACCCAGUCUACAUCCGCUUGGCUGAGCGAUUGGGCACUCCAGAGCUAAGCUCAGCUGAGCGGAAGGAGCUGGAGAACAAGUUGAAGGAGCGGGAGGAAUUCCUAAUUCCCAUUUACCACCAGGUAGCUGUGCAGUUUGCUGACUUGCACGACACCCCAGGCCGGAUGCAGGAGAAGGGUGUUAUUAACGACAUACUGGACUGGAAAACAUCCCGAACCUUCUUCUACUGGCGGCUUAGGCGUCUCCUGCUGGAGGACCUGGUCAAGAAGAAAAUCCACAAUGCCAACCCCGAGCUGACUGAUGGCCAGAUCCAGGCCAUGUUAAGGCGCUGGUUUGUGGAAGUGGAAGGAACGGUGAAGGCCUAUGUUUGGGACAAUAAUAAGGAUCUGGUGGAGUGGCUGGAGAAACAGCUGACAGAAGAAGAUGGAGUUCGCUCAGUCAUAGAGGAAAACAUCAAAUGUAUCAGCAGAGACUACGUCCUCAAGCAGAUCCGCAGUUUGGUCCAGGCCAAUCCAGAGGUUGCCAUGGAUUCCAUCAUUCACAUGACCCAGCACAUCUCACCCACUCAGCGAGCAGAAGUUGUACGGAUCCUCUCCACAAUGGAUUCCCCUUCAACAUAGGAAUGGCUUCCUGGCCAUCCCUGCCCUGUCUCUGGAGAAGAGGACUAGAACUGCCUUUUACAACUGAAACCACUGUAAUCAGAAGGCAUGGGAGACCCAGCACUGGAGUCAAAGUGGCAUUUUGCUUCUCUUCGAGUGUUUCAGGUUGUGUAUGACAUCCUGGGAUAUAGGAUCACAAAGCACCCACUGGUCACACCCAUCCCAUUCAGUAUUUAUUACCCUGGCUGUGACUACAGUCCCCUCUGCCUGCAGAGGACUGAAACCAAUGAAGGGUACAAGCAUGUACCAUGAGGUCUUAGUACACAAAAGGAGGGCUGCCCUUCCUGUCCUGACAGCCCCUUGGCCCCAGCACAGGGAACUGUGAGGAGCUGCCAGGCAGCCCCCUCACCCUGGCCCCAUGAGCCGCAGCCACAGGCAGCAGAGGAGGGCUGAGGUCUUGGGAGAGGAGGAAGCCUCAAGCCCGUUGUUUAUUACCCCCACAUUCAGCGUAGCACACAGUAGGCACUGGAGAGGAAUCAUUCCCAGGUUAACCACACCGAGGUACCUGUUUAUGAAGAAAAAUUAGGACAUGAAAUCUACCGCAAGCUCCAUGGGAACUUAAAGAUGGGGUCAAAACCAUGACUCAAGAAGCAGAGAAAGAAAUAGAUCAAGGUAUUAUUCUUGAUUUAAGGGUCUCAACCUUGAGUUAAAUUCUCUUAGAACAAAUGGAAAGAUAGUUGACCUACCACCAUCCUACAUAUCACUGCUCAACUAGCUGUUACACCUCACUGGGAGCUACAAGGCCAGACUGUGAGGCCCCAGCCGUCAGCCAGGGCUCCCACAGGCAGUGCUAUAGGCUGAGUUGGCAGAGGAGGAGCCAAAGGAAACUGCCCUUUCUGUCACCGAUGGAAACUAGUUACUCAUGCCAUAGGGUGAGUGGGCCAGAUAGUCUCUCUCUUUUGGACUCAGAAGGUUGUUGUUAUGAAGCCUGGAGCUUUGAUAGUCACAAGAGGUUAAUAGUGCCUACAGAGUCACUCAUCCCUAUUUCCAGAGCAACUCUCCUAAUGGCUGACAUUCCUACUCCCCUUGGGUCUUGUCUCUUCCCCAGAAUGUACAUAGGCAACAGGUAUAGCAGGUCUCCCUGCAGUUGCUGAAAGGACCCUGGUGACAGCUGUGCUGUCAGCACCAGAAACUGGCCUUCCUGGGUGGGGAGGCUUGCAGGGAACACAGAAUCCACAUGACCUUAAGAUUCUUCACAACUCAGUCAUGGUGCUGCUGUCUACCAGGCUUACUGGUCCCUUCCGGCCAGCAGCAGGGGCCUCCUCAGGGGUGGUGGAGAGCAUUUAUAUUCAGCAACUAGUUUAUUCAAGAAAAAAGCUUACUGGUUCCCCCAUUGGUAUUCCUAAAGCAAGAGUGGCAGGUGAUCAGGUAAGAAAGCAUCCGGCUCCUGCAGUGCAGUAAUUGCAUUUGUCAUUGACUUCCAAGGAGGAAAUCACUAAAAUAUUUUAGGAGCAGUGGUAUGAAUACUUUUGUAUAGCUACAGUUUUGAGCCUUAACCCUAUAGUUCACAUACAAGAAAGAGCUCCAUCUACCCUUCUUCAGGACCUAUUUGUUCAGAUGGACUGGCUGGACUUCCCAACAGUUCCAGAUCAUAGAUGGGAACUAUACAGCUGGAUACGUAGCCAACUGUCCCCAGGAGUCAGCACCUCAGCCAGGCUGCCCGGGUGGAAGGUGCAGGUGGUUAGCACCUUCAAAGAAGGGCAUAAAAAAGGUGGGGAACAAUUCUCAGUCCAGGAAGAAGACCAGAACAAAGUCCACGGUUACUGUGUGUUUGCCUACCUAGUAAGAACUGGAUUCUUCUUUGACAAGAUUAUUCUUCUAUACUUUUCUGCAAUAAAUCAAAUCCCACACAUCUAACAGGUAGUAUGAAGUCCUAUACUCCCCAGGAGACCUGUCCUGGCAUCUCUUCAGAGGCAGGGUGGGUUACGCUCCCAUCUCCCCACCAAAUUAUAACACAAAGGAACACUUUUCCCCUCUAGAACCCUGUAAUGCCUAUUCCCCCAUCCCCAGAGCUCCUCACUUCAGGUCUUAACCUGGAUGGGGAUUUUUCAUAUAGAAAAGUCAGAAAAAGCCACAGAAUGUGUUCAAUCUGAUAUUCCCACAGCCCAUUACACAUGCAAGGUUACUGAGGCAAGAGAAGUGUAAACAUCAUAUUGACUAGGACUUGCUGAACUGAGAUUGCCAUAUUAUCUGUUCACUUUACUCACAAAGCAGCCUUCACUUGUCUCAGUGAGAAUUCGAUGGGCACAUCCCCUGAUGAGCAAGGAGCUUCAGUCAGGUGCACUUUUCACAUUUUGUUGAAAUAAACCUCCACAUUUGUAGAAGA